GGCGACGGAGAAGCGUUACUUAGCCUCUCAUCUGCUAAUACGCUAGCCAGUGUUCAGUCGUUACCUUGACGCUGCUGGAUUGUUUUAAAGCUCGGAAAUGUUAACAUUUAGACACGCUGUGUUGUCAUGUGCUGUUCAAACUCUGUCGCUGCUGCCUCGGCACAUUUCUGAGGAAAAUGGGAUACGCUGAUUGUGACUCUAUCAUGGAAUCGAGAACAGGGAGUGCAUCAUCUAGACCGGGGUCCAGCCCUGUUGUGAGAGGACAGACUUUGAAAAGUAGCCCUUUCUGCCCGCAAUCCUCCAGUAAGUUGACACAGUCCAUCAUUAAAGACCACAUGCUCUCUCAUUACAAAAAGGUCUACUCAGCAAAAGCUGCCGUUGAUGCGUCAGUACCCAAAAGCUUGAUACACAGUGUGAAGUACAAUGACCAGAUCAGACAGGAGCGGUUGAGGAAAGGGAGUCGUCCUCAAUCAGCCCACUCCUUCUUACAGGGGAAUAGCAGAGCCUCCUGUUCCUCGGCCCAGAGUAGAUUAUCUGCACAGUAUGAUGACAGUCCCUACCUCUGCUCAAGAAGUUCCAUGGUUUCCAGCCCAAGGUUCAACACUUCCUUUAAUGCCAAGGACGUAGUUUAUCCAUCAAAUAAACUCGGUCCGCAACACCGGCAUCAUCACACUCGCCCAGCUUCAGAGAUGAAGUACCGCAGCCCAGAGGCCACUUUACACAGAAGACAGUCUGCGUGUUCACUGGAAGCUUCAGGAGAACAGAGCUUCUACAAGACAUUUCAGGAUCCAGUUCAGAAGACGUACAGCGGGGACUUGCUCCAGAAACAUUCACAGCACUUUACCGGAGACAAACCUUUCACCCCUAAGACGCUAAAAUCAGAUAAGAGCUCAUACUUGUCAAAAUAUCGCUACUACAGAGCACCACGGAGGAAACCCGCUGAAGACUGCAAUAAGUCUAGGUUCAUGCGACAGGAGACGUAUCAUGGAAGCACAAAAAACAAGGAAUACACACAGGAGCUCUAUGGGUCAUCUCAGGGAUUAAACGCGGAGCAUGAGUGGUUUGAGGAUGACUUCAAUAGUACAUACUUCUCAGCAUCCAGAGAACAGAGCCGAGCACACAAGAGCAGGGACCAUGAAUCAUUCCACUCCUCAUCCAGGGUCUCACCAGUGGGCGGGAAGUCUCCAGCUGUGAAGAGUAUAUCUACAGAGGAAGAAGAACUAACGUAUCUAGAGUUCAUUUCGGCUGUCACAGAGGAUAUCUUGUCCAGGGCGCACAUUUCUGACAGGAUUCUAGAUAGGGUGAUGAAGCGGCAUAUUGACAUGAAUCGACAUUAUCUUGAUGAAGGUAAAAUGCGCCACCUUCUGGAAGUGCUGCGUAAAGAAUUUGAAGAGCCAACCGACGUAUCCACCCUCAGUGCAGAGAUUGAAAAAAAGGAAAAUGGUUUGCUUGAUACUCUCCUACCUCAUCUGGAAUCAGAGACAGAAGAGGGGAAGACCAAAGACAACAAAAACCUCUUUUCUUACGCAUCAUUAAUUAGAGACUGUGAUUUGCCACAACAUGCGGCUCCCUUAUUGGUGUCUACCCCCUUAUGCUCCCCAGAAAGGACUGCUUCACCUACUAAAACAAAUGAAAUGGAGGAGGAGAAGGAGGAUUCUGAAGAGAACUUUAGCUCUCUUUGGCUCGGUGAGCAUGUUCCCAAUCAUACAGGACUCAGUGAAGAGGACGUCCAUCAAAAUCAAAUGGACACAACUGCGGCAAACAAAGAAAUCAGCAAUGACAGCCAAGUAUGCACCACUGUGAGCAGUGACGAAGCAUUUCAUGAGGACGUAGCUGAGGUCAGUUCCAGCAGAGAAUCGGAGGAGCUUGAGGAUCUGGGGAGAAGCUUGUCACAGUCGCUUCAUGUGUCCAGCAAUACACAACACAACUAUGUGGAGGCUACUGAGCAACAUACAAAUACAGUUGCUUCUGUCAGUGAUGAUGAGUUCUGAAUUCUGCUGUUUUCAUGUAUUGACACGUUUACUGUAUUUGUUAGAAAGGAGUGUUGUUUUACAGAGAGAAAAUAUUUGAAUCUUUUAAAAGUUAUAGGAUUUUACACCACUGGUGUAUUUACAAUUUACCAUGUGUGCUGUAGUAUUAGUUCUAAUCUUUCUUUUUUUUUUGUAAGUCUUUACAAAAGCACAAAUUUCACACAAGCAAAAAGAUUCAUUGUCUUAUCAGAAAUGCCCUAAACAUAGUGAAAAUAUUCCAAAUGGUAAUUUUAUGUUUAACAAAUUGACAAGGAACUCAUAGUAUUGCAUUUAUGUCAGAUUAGAUAAACUAGUGGUAUCAUUGGUUUGAUUAAAUUUCAGGGAUUGUGUUCAGUAUGCAGCUGCAGUUUACAUUUUUCAGAUUUCUGACAAAUUCCUCAGAUUGUUUGACUUGACAUAUGCCUGGCAUGUAGUUACAA